GGCAUCCUCCAGGACCUGCUUCUCUACACGAUGUUGGGAUUUUUGGAGCGCCCUGUGGUGGUGACGGCUGACAUCAAUUUGAACGUUGUGGCUCUGACUGCAGUGGGGUUACUGAGCCGCCUGUGGCGGCUCGCCUAUCCAAGGGCUGUGGUCUUUGAUGAAGUGUAUUACGGGCAGUACAUCUCCUUCUACAUGAAGCGGAUCUUCUUUCUGGACGGCAGUGGACCACCAUUUGGCCACAUGCUGCUGGCCUUAGGAGGUUAUUUAGGAGGAUUUGAUGGUAACUUUCUGUGGAACAGGAUCGGAGCAGAAUACAGCAGCAACGUGCCCGUGUGGUCUUUGCGCCUGCUGCCGGCCCUCACCGGGGCUCUGUUGGUGCCCAUGGCCUACCAGAUCCUGCUGGAGCUUGGCUUUUCUCAUUGCGCCGCCACGGGGGCUGCCCUGCUGAUACUUAUCGAGAACGCUCUCAUCACUCAGGCAAGGCUCAUGCUUUUGGAGUCAGUGUUGAUAUUUUUCAACCUGUUGGCUGUGCUGUCCUACCUGAAGUUUGCCAACUCCCAAAAACAGAGGCCCUUCUCCCUGCGCUGGUGGUUUUGGCUGACGCUGACCGGAAUGGCCUGCUCCUGCGCAGUGGGCGUCAAAUAUGUGGGUGUCUUCACGUACCUGCUAGUGCUCGCAGUGGCCGGCGUCCAUGCCUGGCACCUGAUCGGAGACCGGACUCUGUCACAUGUCCGUGUGCUCUGUCACCUGCUUGCCCGAGUGGCAGCGCUGCUGGUCGUCCCGGCCCUCAUGUACUUGUUGUUCUUCUACGUCCACUUGACUCUGGUCUACCGUUCCGGGCCCCACGACCAGAUCAUGUCCAGUGCUUUCCAGGCCAGCCUGGAGGGCGGCCUAGCUCGGAUCACGCAGGGCCAGCCCCUGGAGGUGGCCUACGGCUCCCAGGUCACUCUGAAGAACGUCUUUGGCAAACCCGUGCCCUGCUGGCUCCACUCCCACCAGAGCACCUACCCCAUGAUAUACGAGAACGGCCGAGGCAGCUCACACCAGCAGCAGGUGACCUGUUACCCGUUCAAAGAUGUCAACAACUGGUGGAUCGUGAAGGAUCCCGGGAGGCAUCCACUGGUGGUGAGCAGCCCGCCGCGGCCCGUGCGGCACGGGGACGUAGUACAGCUGGUCCACGGCAUGACCACCCGCUUCCUCAACACGCACGACGUGGCGGCGCCCCUGAGCCCCCACUCACAGGAGGUCUCCUGCUACGUGGACUACAACAUCUCCAUGCCCUCCCAGAACCUCUGGCGACUGGACAUCGUGAACCGCGAAUCCGACACGGAGGUUUGGAAGACCAUCUUGUCCGAGGUCCGCCUGGUGCACGUGAACACCUCUGCGGUCCUGAAGCUGAGCGGGGCCCACCUCCCGGACUGGGGGUUCCGGCAGCUGGAGGUCGUCGGGGAGAAGCUGUCCCGGGGCUACCACGAGAGCAUGGUAUGGAACGUGGAGGAGCACCGAUACGGCAAAAGCCAGGAGCAGAAGGAGAGGGAGCUGGAGCUGCACUCGCCCGCCCAGAUGGACGUCAGCAGGAACCUGAGCUUCAUGGCCAGGUUCCUGGAGCUGCAGUGGAGGAUGCUGAUGGUGAAGAGCGAUGACUCAGAGCACAAGUACAGCUCCUCGCCGCUGGACUGGGUCACCCUGGACACCAGCAUCGCCUACUGGCUGCACCCCAGGACCAGCGCCCAGAUCCACCUGCUUGGGAACGUCGUGAUCUGGGCCUCGGCCGGCCUCGCCACAGCGGUCUACGCGCUGCUUUUCUUCUGGUACCUGCUUAGACGCCGAAGGUGCAUCUGGGACCUGUCCGAGGAUUGCUGGCUGCGCUGGGUGCUGGCCGGGGCUCUGUGUGCCGGCGGCUGGGCGGUGAACUACCUCCCCUUCUUCCUGAUGGAGAAGACGCUCUUCCUCUACCACUACCUCCCCGCGCUCACCUUCCAGAUCCUCCUGCUCCCUGUGGUCCUGCAGCACGUUGCCGACCACCUGUGCAGGUCCCCUCUCCUGAGGAGCGUCUUCGGCAGCCUGGUGGUGGCGUGGUACUCCUGCGCCUGUCACGUGUUCAACACGCUGCGCCCGCUCACCUACGGGGACAGGUCCCUCUCGCCCGGCGAACUCAAGGCCCUUCGCUGGAAAGACAGCUGGGACAUUCUGAUCCGAAAAUACUAGCAGGACGCGCGCAGUGAACGUCUGGACUGGGGUCGGGCAGGAAGGGCUGUCACCGAGAACCGUGUGGGUCUUUGACAGAAGAGCCUAGGCCGGGCUAUGGUGUCCCGUUCUCCAGACGGUUGAUGAUGGUUUGUUUUGAGCCGAGUUUCUGCUUUCCAGGCAACAAAGAACAUGCCCGAGGCGUGUACUGGCGCCUCCGCGCCCCCUGAGCUAGGGCGCAGUGAGUGGCUGGCGGGCGUGGGCCUCGUGAGGGAGCAGCAGCAGGAGGGGAGCAGGCCACGGUGGGGAGAGUUAGGGUCAAAGCAGCCAAGGCCCUGGGCCUGUGAAGCUGCAGACGCCUCCGCCUCAUCCCCAGUGAGGCCUCGAGGUGCCGGCCUGCGUCCCGUCCACGCCAAACGAGCUACUGAAGGACGGGCCCCGGACUCCGGCCACUGCAGCAGAGACCCUGGGACCCCUCGCUGCUGCUGACAUGGCGGGGGCACACGGGCCAGCAGCGCCACCGGCACGCUGAGCCUCGUGUCCCCCACAGGUACCCCCAUCCUGAAUUUGCCUUCUGUGUACAAUUAAAAAGGGACACACUGGCA